AUUUUGGCAGCAGCUACUUUGUCUCAUGGACUCCCUGGAGGAUGGGAAUCACACUGCUGUGACGGAGUUCAUCUUACUGGGCUUAACAGAUGACCCAAUUCUCCGAGUCAUCCUCUUCAUGAUCAUCCUAUGCAUCUACCUGGUGACCAUAUCUGGGAAUCUCAGCACAAUGAUUCUUAUCAGAAUCUCUUCUCAGCUCCAUCAUCCUAUGUACUUUUUUCUGAGUCACUUGGCUUUUGCUGACAUGGGCUAUUCAUCUUCUGUCACACCCAACAUGCUUGUAAACUUCCUGGUGGAGAGAAAUACAAUCUCUUACCUUGGAUGUGCCAUCCAGCUUAGUUCAACAGUUUUCUUUGGGACAGUCGAAUGCAUCCUUCUGGCUGCCAUGGCCUAUGACCGCUUUGUGGCAAUUUGCAGCCCACUGCUUUAUUCAACCAAAAUGUCUACACAAGUCUGUGUCCAGUUAUUCCUAGUGGUUUACAUAGCUGGUUUUCUCAAUGCUGUUUUCUAUACUAGUACCUUCUUUUCUUUAUGUUUCUGUGGACCAAACAGAGUCAAUCAUUUUUUCUGUGAUUUCAUUCCUUUACUUGAACUCUCCUGUUCUGACAUCAGUUUCCCCACAAUUGUUUCCUCAUUUUCUGUUGGCUUCAUUGUUAUUGUCACGGUGUGUGUCAUAGCCGUCUCCUACAUCUACAUCCUCAUCACCAUCCUGAAGAUGCGCUCCACAGACGGGCGCCACAAGGCCUUCUCCACCUGUACCUCCCACCUCACUGUGGUCACUCUGUUCUUUGGGACCAUUACCUUCAUUUAUGUGAUGCCCAAGUCCAGCUACUCAACUGACCAGAACAAGGUGGUGUCUGUGUUCUACACGGUGGUGAUUCCCAUGUUGAACCCCCUGAUCUACAGCCUCAGGAACAAGGAGAUUAAGGGGGCUCUGAAGAGAGAGCUUGGUAGAAAAAUAUUAUCUUGGUGAUGACUAUUAUUUUUGUAGCAUUUAAUAUAAUAAUAUCCUAUAGAUAUAAUAAUAAAAGGAAAUUGAGUGCCUGUCUUUGAAAUUUAUGUUUAUAUAUAAUUAGCUAGUACAGAGCUUUUUAGUAGGUGCAGGUAAUGGAUUUUCAGACACCAAGUAGUAAAUUAGAGGUCCAUAUUUAGUUACCUUUAAAAAGUUAAAUUUAUAAUUAACAAAAACAAAAUGUUUCAUAUGACCAGAACACUUAUGCUGAAAAUUUUUAAAAAUGAUAUUUACAAUUAUUUUUCAAAAGUAGUUAUUUGCUAUAAGUUCAGGUUAAAUACCAGGAUAGAUAUUACCGCAAGGGUAUUUUUUAGAUGUGAUUAACACUUAAAUCAUCAGACUUGGACUGAAGCAGAUGACCCUCUGUAAUAUGAAUAGACCUUUUCUAAUCAGUUGAAGACCUUAAGAGAAAAGAUUGAGGAUCUUUUGAAGAAAAAGAAAUUCUGCCUCCAGACUGCCUUUGGAUUGAAGAUUGCAAUAUCAGCUCUUGCUGGAAUUUCCAAUCUGCUUGCCUCCUCUGUGUAUCGAGGAUUUGCUAGCUACCAAA